CGCAUGUUGACGUAUGUCGUAUCACAGGAUAUGACGUACAGUUUACGGACGCGCACAUGUUUUCGACAACGUACCCGGAGGAGGAGGACACGUGUGGUGGCAUGAAACAGUUUAGCAAACAGUCUUAUUUUUACGAGAAAAUAGUAUCGUCAUGCACAAUUCUGGAUAUUUUCCACCGCCCGUGUUUAACUGCCCACCUCCAGGGCAGAUGAUAAGGCCCCCUGUGUUUAACUGGCGACCUCCAGCUCCUGGCACGUUUUAUCCGGAGAACGCGAAUUGGUGGCAGCCGCCGCCUGGUCCAUGGGGCUUCAACAGCGCGGGGAAUGAAUACAACGCACCGGGAUACCAGAGUGCUGGGUUUCAGCCUCGCCGCACGCAUGGACAGUACCACAAUCCCGGACGUCAACGUGGAGGCUUAGAAAAUGGACCGAGCCGGAGCGGUUGUGGUAAACAGAAGAGGAAAAAGGAACCGGCGUUCACUCAUUUCUGUGAUACAUGUGACAGAGGCUUUAAAGACCAACAGAAGUACGAUGACCACGUGGCACAGCACGUCAAGUGCUCUGUGAAAGACUGCUCUUUCACAGCUCAUGAGAAGCUGGUCAGUCUUCACUGGAAAAAUAACCACGCCCCUGGGGCGAAGCGGAUCAAGCUGGACACUCCGGAAGAAAUAGCAAAAUGGAGGGAAGACCGGAGAAAGAACUACCCCACCAUGUCCAACGUGGUGAUGAAGAUGAAGAUGAUGGACGAGCGAGAGGAGAGGGGGGAGGUGCUGGAGACGGCUCAGUUUGGGAAGAUGAGACGAGGUCACAUGUCCUCUGGCAGGAGGCGCGGGUUUGAGAGGAGUAACCGGGCGAACCCGGGAGCUGAGGAUGAGCGGGGGAGAGUGGCCACCCCGAAACAGACACUGAGCAACCGGGACCCCCUGGGAGUGCUGGCCCAGAGCGACUCGGAUUCGGACAAGGACAGCGCUGCGGACGGCAAGAAGGAGGGCCUGACCGUGACCCCGAGACACAUGACCUCCGGGCUGGGGUCCCUAUUGGCCAGCUAUGGCUCCGCCUCUGACAGCGACAGCGAGCAGGAGCCCGUGGCGAUGCCCAUCCUGAAGACCAGUAAGGCCUUAGAGGAGAACCAGGCCCUGCUGAGGUCACUGCCUGCCAGGGCCCCGAGUUCAGCGGCUCAGCCGGGCGCAGUGACACAUCCCGACAGCAGGGGGUGCCAUCAGCAGUCCCAUCCCCAGUCUGCUCGGCCCCACACUGCCUCCUGUAGGCCGGGUAGGGGAAGGAACGUCUCCGCUCCUCGCCGGACCACCCUGCUGGAGAUGCUGCUGGCCCCGGAGAUUCGCCGCGAGCGGAACGUGGUGCUGCAGUGCGUCCGCUUCAUCGUUCGGAACUCCCUGUUCGGACUGGACCGCCAGCGUCCGGAGUGCCAACCCACCGACGGCGGGCGCCACAGAACCGCUACGGGAGCUGAAGAUCAAAUUUCCGUUGCCGCGGGAAACCCAUCGGCACACGAUGCUGUGAUUGAUGGAACCCACCACGGAGGAGGAGCCUGUGAGGGUGGUGGGCGGGGCCUGGAGGGCGGGGCUGUGAUUGCCGGUAAAGAGCCAAUAGAAGAGAGAUGGCAGAGACCCCGGGUGGAGAGUGCUGUGAUGGGCGUAGACCGCCAUCCAGACCGCCAUCCUGCGGACGAUAGCCCUAAUCUGGGAGAAGCCCAGAGCUCCCCAGCUAAGGACACGGUUAUUAUUCAACACUGCCCCCCAGAAGACACCUGCAGUCAGCUUGGAAACCCCCAGACUGGUGGGUGUGACUCUCUAGGAGAGGGUUCUGUGAGUGUGGACACGCCCCCUUCAGGAGAGAGUGCUGUGAGUGUAGACACGCCCCCUUCAGGAGAGGGUUCUGUGAGUGUAGACACACCCCCUGCUGGAGAGGGCCCUGUGGGUGCUGUAGACACGCCCACUGCAGCACAGAGUGCUAUGGGUGCUGUAGACACACCCCCUGCAGAAUGCAGCCUACCAACAGCCUGUCCUCAGGAUGACGAGCAGAGCUCUGGAACUCGGGCUGCUGUGAUUGGUGGAGACCCAAGCUUUUCACUGGACACGGACGAGAGCCAGAAGCUUCCAGAAGGCAACGGAAGCCCUCCAGCACACGCUACUGGGCCCCACGAAGGCCACUGCACAGCAGAGAAUACUGUGAUUGGUGGAAUUGAUAGCCUUGCAGAACAUGUGCAAGGAAGUGAGCAGCCUUCUCGCUCUGUUGUGGAUGACGAGAUCUGGGAGAUUCCUGCAGCUUAUCUACAGAGUCAGUGAUGUUCUCCCAUCUCCAUCAGUCAACAUGAAUCUGACCUUUGACACGUCAUCUCCAAAUGGACCCAUUUUCUGUUUUGAAUUUGUGAAAAUUUAGAAGAACCUGAAUAUUUUCUUUUCUGUUCUGUAUGUAAUAUAAACAAAUAAAGGAAAGUUAAAAGGAAA